ACUUGUUGUUCCAUGGUCUGCAUAUAGUCACUAGCGAAUGCGGCUUCACCCCUAGCGUGCAGCUGCAAUAAUCCUACGCCACCUGUGAUGCAAAGCCACAGCCCUGCACGCUAUCGACCCGCCCCGCAUGAGCUCCUUCCCAAACCCGCGACUGAAGCUUCCCUUUUUCAACCACCACACACUUGCAUAUUACGUGCUAUCACCAGACGCGUCAUGACCAGUGCCUAUUACCUCGCGAAGCCACCCAGUAAGCCCUUCAGCGGCCAAUCAAAGAUGGCCUCUUCUGUGCCACUCGACCAGAUUCCAACGCUCUCGCUGCUGUACAAGCUGAACAAAAUCGAACCCACAGCAGACAGCAGCCCAGAGCACACACCAAACGCCGCAUACAACGACAGAAUCAGUAUCAUUCGCCAAGAUAUCACCACGCUCGCCGUCGACUCGAUCGUGAACGCCGCAAAUACGUCAUUGCUCGGUGGAGGCGGCGUUGACGGCGCGAUUCACCGUGCGGCAGGCCCGGAGCUGCUCGAUGAGUGCGGCACACUCGGCGGCUGCGAGACUGGCAGCGCGAAAAUCACAGAUGGCUACGAACUGCCCGCAGAAAAGAUCAUCCACGCUGUGGGGCCGAUCUACUGGAACAAGAACAAGGAUGAGGCAGCACAACUACUGGCUGGCUGCUAUAAGACAAGUCUGCAGCUGGCAGUUGACACUGGCUGCAAGAGCAUUGCGUUCUCAGCUCUGAGCACAGGCGUGUAUGGAUACCCCAGCAGUGAAGCCAGCUUGGUCGCACUGGAGACUGUACGCAAGUUCCUGGAGGAGGGCGAGAAGGCAGACGUGCUUGAGCGCAUCAUCUUCUGCAACUUUCUCCAGAAAGACGAAGAUGCAUACUUCAAGAACAUUCCCACAUUCUUCCCUCCUGGAACCUCCGAGACCGAAGUCGAAGCCACGGCCACUAACGAGCUGGAGUACGAUACAGAGGAAGAGCAAGAGGAGGUUCAAGGCUUACGAGCAACUCCGGACGUUUUGUCGCAGCUCCCUGAUGCUCCCACCGACGAGCCCGUGGAUGCCGAUGAUGCCGAUCAGCCUUCGCAGAAGAAACAGAAGACCGAGGAAGGUUCGGAUGAUGACUUUGUCGUCAUAUACAAGGAGGGCACGGACGGUGCGAAAUCUAAGUAGCUCUGAAAGAGACUCUGGCCUCUCACAUUUUGGAGGAUAUCUAUCAAGAGCAGCUUUCGAUGUUUCCUACCUUUUCGAUUAGCACUGGCGUUCAAGGAGCAACAAGAAUUAUACCCUGGAUACGGUGGAAUGGGGAUGCCGAACGAAUGAUACGACAUAACAACUACUUGACCUGGACAAUCACCAGCGAUCGCACCUUUAUUUAUUCCUGCUGGCAUUGACAGAUAUGGCACAGUCGAUGCACCCG